AAUUGAUCUGACAAACAAGUUCUUUACGGCGCUCAACUUGUUGAUAUACAUUUCCUUUAGGCUGUAGCACAAGCCGAUUUCUUGCAAAGAGUUGGAAGCUGGUCUCAUGCUUUCCCAAAAUGAACUUUCGUCUGGUUCUUCCUCAACUUUUCCUUUUGACACUGCGCUGCUUGAUGCCGCACAAGCGAAGCAAAUGGCAGCUCUGACAGCCGUCGGCCAGGCUAGAACUGCACAGGGAAACAUGAGACCGUCGAACGGCGGCGGAAAUUCGGGAUCAUUUCUCGGAGGAAUACCACCUGGUCAUAAUAAUUUCCAAAACCAGCCUUUGCUAGAACGCUCAAUGUCACAAAAUCCUGCCCCGCGUCCGAGUCAGCCUUCAAAUACAUUCAAAGAGAAAUCUUCUAAUUUUAUAUACUCGCUGGCUACCGUCUUUGCAAAGCGAAAUCAGCCUUUGCCUCCUAGUCUCACCGGAAUUUCGACCCCCACCUAUGACCCAAUCAAUUCUCCAUUCAAGGAUAUCGAAGCUGGCUCUGAACAUGGCACCUUUAGGCUUGCUGGAAAGGACAUCAAUAUCUUUCAUCUGUGGACCAUGAUAUGGCAUCGUGGAGGCAUGGGCAACGUUGGCAAAGACAAUAAUGCUUGGGCGGCGAUCCUACAAGUUUUUGACAUUCCGGAGUCAGCCCUCCCCACACUUGUCCAGAUAUAUUCCAAGAUCCUUCUUCCCUUUGAAAGCAUGUAUCGGCAGAAUCUCAUGGAACAACAAAAGAAGGCUCAGGCCAUGAGGCAGGCUGCCGCUUCAUCAACUCCUUCUGCUAACAACCAGCACCCACCUACAUCCACAAAUACCGUGUCUCAACAGCGGGGUUCCGGCAUGGGCUUUCCUCCUUCACAGCCUCCUUCUUCCUCCGUCCCUUCAUCAUCCAUGCAAAUCAGCACUGGCUUACCACCAAUCGAUGGAGGUUCUGCAAUUCUCGACGGUCCUACUUUGGACCAGGACCUUCAAGGCUUGAAGCGGAAGUUGGAGCAAGAAGAAGAAGUGAAACGCACAAGACAGAAAACUGAAACCGCUGAUAGCGUUCUCCCGGCAGGGUCUGCUUCCGAUCAAGCGUUCGUGGGACCCUCAGAUGUAAACCCUGGUCCUACCGCACAAGCGCCCACAACUGCCACAAUGACUGGCCACCCACGGACACGACAAGAGCUCUCUCGACGAAAGAUCGAAUACAAGCCACUCGUCCGCGACAUCGAAACGUAUGGAGGACGUGAUUUGAAGCAGGUAGAGGUUGAACUACAUCAUUCCAACCGACGACCUCUCCGAGACAUAAAUGACUGGGGAACCAUCGACAUAGACGCGUUGACACUGUCCAUACGUUCUAAACUCUCGACAGAACUCUCGUAUGCGUUGACCACGCUCACUUUGCUUUCUACGAUGAAGGGUCAAACCCCAACUUCGGGCUUUCCAAUCAACAAUUGUCCCGAUCUAUUUGAGGAGGUUCUUGACCUCGUGGAAGAUCUGGCUUUUGACGAUGUCAUAGACUCUCCCGAAGCCAUCAACCUUCAGGACAAUCCUCACAUUGUAACCAACCGCGAAAUUGUAGACAUUGUCUACGAGUUGGAAACCCAACCAUUUGCAGUUCUAGAGCGACGGCAAGGAUCCAAACACCCUGAUCUUGGACCACGGCAACGACCGGCGAACCUUAUCCUCACUGUAAUCAACAUCAUUCGGAACCUUUCCGUCUUUGGAGAUAAUGUCCCAUUCUUGGCUAAUCAACCUCGUUUACUCGACUUACUUCUGCGUGUUUGCGGUGUGUCAGAGAAGGCUUCGAGUUAUGUUCCUACUUCUCCAGUCCUUUCCCUCACCGACUGCCUUGCCAUUCGAAAAGAUGUGCUCCACAUCUUGAGUUUGCUGGCGCCUGCUAUUCGCUUACCCGAGGGCACUACUUCUUUAUCCACGGUCCGGCGAAUAUUCAAACUGGUUACUUCUUAUCUGGUGGACCCAGCCGAAGCAGUUUCUCCGAUUGCUUGUGUUCAGCUUGCAGGGGUACCCCUCGGAGGGAACUUGAGACCGCCAUCUUUAGCCGAUGUUGCGCUAGAGGUCUUCACUCGUUUGGCUCACUCUGAUGGAAACCGCCUUGUUUUCUCCAAGGCAGUUUCUCGACCGUCCUUGUGGUGCCUCUUUGUCUCUCUCGUUCACCGCCUGCCACUGCAGGAUCUCGAUUUCCAGCUAAUAUCAAGGGAGAUCUGGUUGAGUUACGUAGAAAAGAUCGUAAUGGCUCUGUAUACCCUUGGGUUCAUAUUUCCGCCAGAGCUUAAAUCCAGGGCGAAAACCGACCGUAGCUUAGGAUUCAAAAAUGUGAUGAUGCGGAUCAUCCAGAAAUUAUUCGUACAAAACGGCGCCGAGUCGAGGCAAUUUUUCAUAAUUAUUGUUCGCAGAAUCAUCGAAACUUUGAAGAUCAUCGAUGAUGCGGAGGACUCGUUUGAUAAUACCAAGGGUGUUGUGUCAACACUAUCGUUUGGUAUGGGCUAUGGAGAGGUUGGCGAAAAUGAUAUCGAACGAGGAACGGGUUUAUUAGGAGGGUAUACGGAUAUAGGAUGGAAUAUCCUGCUAUGCAGGGAGGUUCAACAUGACGAUGUGAUGUUCUCCGAGUUGGAGAGCCUUAUUCGGAUUGAAUAUUGAGUGUGCUUGAGUGUGUAUGUACUUUGACGAUUUUGAUUCUAUUUUAUCCUUGUGUUAUAUCGACGUUGUACCGUCUUGUAAUGUUAAGUGUUAUUGUAUUCACGUUGCCAUGAACUACAUUCGGCUUACCUGAUCUACAAUAUAAUUCCUCAUGAUCUGAC